AUGGCUUCAAAAAUCAUUGUGAUAGGCAGCCCAAACUGUCAGCUGCAAACAGUUUUUACCAAGUUGGCGAAACUGCACGCAAAGCAGAAUUUCGCCUUUGCUAUCAUUGUUGGCAACUUGUUCGGUGAUUGUUCUACCGAGGCUGAGCUGAAUGAGAUUUCAGCCCUACUGCAGGGAAAUAUCCUUGUACCUGUGACGACUUACUUUACGAUGGGAAGCCGACCUCUUCCCACUCGCAUUGUAGAGAAAAUCGAAGCGGACGAUGAAGUCUGCCCGAACUUGUAUUUCCUUGGCAAACGAGGAGUGUUGAAGACCGCUGAAGGGAUUCGCAUUGCUGCCCUUGGAGGCCAACUUGAUCAAUCGGGUCCAUCAAAGUCAAGGCCUGAAUCUAAUGCCAGCGGCAAGUUCCAAACGACAUACACGGAGUCUGACGCUCGUGCUCUCUACGGCAUGGGCAAUGCAGAUAUCCUGAUCACAAAUCAAUGGCCCAAAGAAAUCCGUUUUGGCUCAAAAGUUCCUGUACCAGAGGACUAUGCUUCUCAGUCGUCCGAGACACAGAUUAUCUCGGAUCUUUGCGCAACGCUCAAGCCCAGAUAUCACUUUUCUACUUCCGACUCCUUCUUCUACGAACGAGAACCUUUCUUCCACAUGCCAUCGGAAGACAGUCCACAAACAAAACCCAUGACACGGUUCAUUUCUCUUGCAGCCUUUGACUCUCCAUCUAAACAAAAAGCUCUUUACGCCUUUUCCCUUGAUCACACCUCCGCGGCGCCCCUCACGAUCCCCGCCGGCGUGACGGCGUCCCCCCUCUCAGCACCUCAGGCCAAGCGCAAAAAUCUCCCCAGCCAGCAGGAAUCCUACUCCCGCUUCGCUAGCCACGACAGCUCAACGCCGUACUCCAAUAACCGCCGCGGAAAGCGACAGCAACGAGAGCCGCCGCCAGGCCCUGACAGAUGCUUCUUUUGUCUGUCCAACCCCAAUGUCGCCACACACCUCAUCACUUCCAUCGGCGACCAGAGCUACCUGACAAUCGCCAAGGGUCCUCUGCCGACGAAGGAGUUUUUCCCUUCGCUAGGCUUCCCAGGCCACAUUCUCAUCAUUCCCUUUGAACACUCACCCACCAUCAGCUCUAUCGCAGACGUGGCCACCCGCACCGCGACAUUAGCCGAAAUGAGCCGGUUCAACCAGAGACUCCGCCGAAUGGUCAGUGACCGCUCAUCCGAGCAACUCGGCGCUGUGACCUGGGAAGUCAGCCGUGGCGGAGGCAUCCACACGCACUGGCAGUUCCUCCCUGUAUCCACCAGCCUCCUGAACCAAAACCUCGUUGAACUUGCCUUCCAAGUCGAAGCCGAGAACCUAAGCUACCCCAAAUUCAAAAUCACCACCUCGACUCACUCCGCCGACAACAACGUCAACGCCAACGACGAAACAAGCGACGCCCCCGCCCAACAAGGCGACUACUUCCAAGUCUCGAUCUGGACGCCCGAGCAGAAAAAUCCCAAGCCUGCCACCGACGCAGCCGACUCGACGGACUCGAAACUCUCCUCCGAUCACGGCACAGAGAGAGUCAUGACGCUGAACCUCGAUCCCAGCUUCCAAUUCGAUCUUCAAUUCGGUCGCCGCGUCAUGGCCAAGUUACUGCAGCUUGACAAGCGCAUGAACUGGCGAGAUGCGCCGCAGUCCCAGGUCGAGGAGGAAGCCGACGCGAAUGCGUUUAAGGAAGCGUUCAAGGAGUAUGACUUUUCACUGGAGUGA